AUUCAAGACUUCGACUUCCAACCCGGCACUCUCGUCCUCGUCCGCAAUUCAGAGAACGAGAAGAACCUCUCCGGAAAGACGAACCCGCGCUAUCUCGGCCCCAUGGUCGUCGUUCGGCGUAACGCCGGCGGUGCCUAUGUCCUCGCCGAGCUCGACGGCUCGCUCAGUCGUCUGCGGUACGCCGCCGCUCGUCUCUAUCCAUUCACUCCCCGCCCCCACAUCUCCGUUGACAUCUCACACCUCACCAACCUCUCCCCCGCUGAACUCGAC